CCCUCUCCAACAACAUAUAUAGACGUUGGUUGAGAUUUCGGAAAUCAGUUGCAAUAUAUAUAUAUUCACGUUUUAUAUAAGCUUCAUUUGCUUGUUUAAUUCACUAACAAUGGCUGCAUUCCAGUUACCUCUAUCACUUGUUGCUCUGCUUUUUGCUUUAUCUGCCAUUGUUUCUGAGAGUCGAGUUGCGAGGAAGGACCUGGGUGUGGAUCUUGGUGGCGUUGGAAUUGGAGCCGGAACAGGAGUAGGCCUGGGUUUAGGAGGAGGCGGCAGUGGCAGUGGCAGUGGCUCUGGGUCUGGCUCCAGUUCUGGCUCUAGCGCUAGCUCUGGCUCUAGCGCCAGCUCUGGCUCUGGCUCAGGUUCAGGGUCCAGUGCAGGUUCGGAAGCAGGUUCAUAUGCUGGGUCUCGAGCUAGGUCUGGUUCAGGGUCCAGUGCAGGCUCGGAAGCUGGUUCAUAUGCUGGGUCUCAAGCGAAGUCAGGCUCAGGAGCAAACCAAGGACAAGGAACAGGCGAAGGCCGUGGGCAUGGUUCGGGUUCAGGGUCUGGACAUGGUGAGGGUUUUGGUUCUGGUUCUGGUUCUGGUAGAGGAAGCGGAUCGGGCAGUGGUGAAGGUUACGGUGAGGGGCAUGGAUAUGGUGAAGGUUCCGGUAGUGGAGAUGCCAACUAAGAAUAUUGAAUAUGCUACGACCAAUGGUCUCGUAAAACUGAAAAUCUUUGUCACCGUCUUUGUUAUAUAAAUAAGCAGAUGGUGAUGAAUAUGUAUCCUAUAAGUAUGGCCAUAUUAUAAUAUGAAAUAUUGUGUGGUGUGAUCAA